UCUAAAGUUUUUCUGUAUAGAAAUUAUUAAAUGUUAACGAAUUCAAGCUAUCACAUGUAGAUAUAUGUAUAUAUAGAUAUAGAUAUGACUUAUGGAGCACAAGCUAUGUUUGAUCAGUUAAUUUGGAACAAUCUACUGACUGGGACAUCGAAAGUUCUAGAAUGACGAAAGUUCUAGGCUGUGAGCAAAGUCCCAUGGGACGGAACAUUAGCCGGCAAUUAAGUUUUCGUGUAACGCAGUAGUUUAGUGUGGAUUUCAUGCUGCCGCAUAGAGUUUAUACACCCUUAUUAGUUAAAACAUUUCAACAAAAGGCACAACUAGGGGUACCGACACAACUAAUGCUGUGCCGUGUCGUUCUCGUGAUCUUCACUAUCACCCGAAUUGUUUUUUUACGGAGUAACGCGGGGAAAAUUUUUACAAGCUCAAAGAAAUAAACGCGCAAUAUUUCAGCAAAUGUAGAUAAGUGAUAGACUAAUACGAAGUAUGACUAUUUAAGAUAUUACUAAUGGCAAAGCUGAUUGAGCCACGGCACGUUGUUUUGAUAAAUCAAUAAUGGCCGAAAAUAAUAAUGGCGGCGUUGUUGCUAAGGAUAGCUAAGGGUGCAAAACAAAGUUAUGUGAAUGACUCUUAGUGAGCAUGGCGUCCCCUAGCAGCAUAUGGCGACAUAGUUAGAAGAAGUUUAUGUACAGUGCUGAUUUCUUGACAACUUCAAGGGAUACAGAAUUUUACACUCAAGAUGGUAUACAACUAUACCAGACCCAGAGGGCCUAUUGCUGCCAUGUACAGCAGCCCUGGACCUUGCUAUGCUUUACCAGGACUUGUAGGUCAACGGAACCAUGACAUAAGAAGCUCACAUGGAAAAGCUCCUGCAUAUGUCUUUGGAAUUAGGCAAGGCAAAAUUGUAGAUGACUGUAGCCCUGGACCCUGCCAUUUCCCUACUGCCAAAAUCUAUCGUGAUGGCCAAGAUGGCACACCUCAUUACUCUUUGUACAGCCGCCAGAAGUCUGGCCGUCAUUUCAAUGUCCCAGGCCCAGGCACUUACUCCCCGGAAGCUGUUGGCCAAAGUGCCUAUUAUCGCCAUCCUAAAUACAGCUUUGGUUCACGCCACAAAAACAGGAGGACUGACAGCAUCCCUGCACCUAACAACUACUGCCUUCCUGGAAUGACUGGCAAAACUAUCCAGAGCGGCAAACGUCAAGCUCCAUGCUACUCUCUGACUGGACGCAGUAAAACGGGAAGCUUCCAUGAGGAUUUACAAAAGACCCCUGGACCUGGCACAUAUAACACCACUAAUCCAUCAGUGAACAAGGAAAGGGCCCCACUUUACAGUAUGACCAGCAGAAAUGUUAUGCCAGGGGACACCACCCAGAAGCCAGGACCAGGAGCCUAUUCUCCAGAGAAGGUUUGGAUAAACAAAGUUGAGCAACCGUUGUUCUCAUUUGGAAUCCCACAUUCUCAAUAUUUGGCACCGUUAAUCAUUGCAGUUGAUGAUUAGAAAAAGUCACUUAUGGACAUUGAACUUAAGGAUAUGAACAGUAUACUCUACUUCUGACAUUACCUUGUUAUUAGUAACAUUAAGAUGAUAAGGAUUUCACUUUUUGCCAAUAUCAGAGCAACACUUGUCAUAGAACACACAUUUUCUUAUAAUUAAUAUUACUUAAUUGACACUGAUUCUUUGGAAUUUAUUGAAGGUGGUUAAAAAAGAAUACAGUGGCCUAGAAAAGAUAUUGUAGACCAAUGCACAUCGUGCUGUAAGAGAUUGUUAAAGCUAAAAUAGUAAUAUUAUGCAUCAAUGUGCCAAAAAAACACACUACUAGUCAAGUAAAAAUUGUUGUAAUUUAAUCUAUUUGUGUAUGUGUAUAUGUGCAAAUUUGCUCAUUUGAGGUAUUUAACAUAUUGUAACUUAUACAGAAUGAUUUGAAUAAAUUAUCUACUGAAUUUUGUUUCAAGAGUUAUUUUUAGUUUUGUUGCUACUAUAUAUGUCCUGGAAUUGGCCUGUGUUUGUAAAAGUAUUAGAUGAGUAAUAAUGUUGUAGUAGCUCACAUCUUAAGUAUUGUUAGUAGUAUAUUUGAAAAAUAAUUUAAUGCACAUGCAUUUUCAUCACCUUAAGAUCUAUUUCCAUUUCUUGUGCAUGUGUCAGUUUUUGCUUUACAGAUACAAAAGAUGGUUAAAUGGCUUGCAGCCACAAUAUUUGACAUAGAAAAUGACCAUAUGUUUUUACACACAAUUUGUUCCAUGGCCGUUCACUAAAACACACACACAGAAAAAAUUUGAAUAUUUUGUCAAAGCAUCUUGUUUUAAUGUAAAUUUUAUUUA